UGGGAGAAUUUUUUUGAGGAGGGCGGGGGGGAGUCAAUGUCUGGUUUCAAAUGUGGCUCAGCUACUUUCUAGGUGUCUCUGAAUCUGUCUUAGUUUUUUCCUCUGUAAUGUGGGCUUUCAGAGGCACGAACUUCAUGGGGUUCCUUGGGGGAUUAAAUAAGGAAAUGUGUUGAAAGUGGCCAGCACAGCGCCUGAAACAGAAUGGGGCCUUUGUAACUGGGGGCUCCGAAACAAGGUAUUCUCUCCCUGCGGGGCGGCCGGGGAACCGCCCUGGGGAGGGACUGCGUGUAAAUGGAGCCCACCAGCCCCAGCGGCGGGGAGGGGUAGGUAGCCACUCGCUUUGCCCCUAGCUCACCACGGCAGGGCAGCGCCAUGGCCAGCAAGCGUCGUGAAGGCGAGCACCCAUCCGUGACGCUCUUCCGUCAGUACCUGCGCAUCCGCACCGUCCAACCCGAGCCCGACUACGGGGCUGCCGUGGCCUUCCUUGAGGAGAGAGCCUGCCAACUGGGCCUGGGCUGUCAGAAAGUGGAGGUGGCACCUGGCCGUGUGGUGACUGUGCUGACCUGGCCAGGCACCAACCCCAGACUCUCUUCCCUCUUGCUCAACUCCCACACCGAUGUGGUGCCUGUCUUCAAGGAACAUUGGAGUCAUGAUCCCUUUGAAGCCUUCAAGGAUGCUGACGGCUACAUCUAUGGCAGGGGCGCCCAGGACAUGAAGUGUGUCAGCAUCCAGUACCUGGAGGCUGUGAGGAGGCUGAAGGUUGAGGGCCACCAUUUCCCCAGAACCAUCCACAUGACCUUUGUGCCAGAUGAGGAGAUUGGGGGUCACCAAGGCAUGGAGCUGUUUGUGAAGCGGCCCGAGUUCCAGGCCCUGAGGGCUGGCUUCGCCCUGGAUGAGGGCCUGGCCAACCCCACUGACGCCUUCACUGUCUUUUACAGUGAGCGGAGCCCCUGGUGGGUGCAGGUCACAAGCACUGGGAAGCCAGGCCACGGCUCACGAUUCAUUGAGGACACGGCAGCAGAGAAGCUGCACAAGGUUGUGAGCUCUAUCCUGGCUUUUCGGGAGAAGGAGAGGCAGAGGCUGCAGUCAGACCCUCAGCUGAAGCAGGGGGCCGUAACCUCCGUGAACCUGACUAAGCUAGAGGGUGGUGUAGCCUAUAAUGUGGUACCUGCCACUAUGAGCGCCAGCUUUGACUUCCGCGUGGCACCAGAUGUGGACCUGAAGGCUUUCGAGGAGCAGCUACAGGCCUGGUGCCAGGCAGCUGGCGAAGGGGUCACCUUCGACUUUGCUCAGAAAUGGACAGAGCCCCGAGUGACAUCUACUGAUGAUUCAGACCCCUGGUGGGCAGCUUUUAGUGGGGUCUGCAAGGACAUGAACCUCACCCUGGAGCCGGAGAUCUUCCCCGCUGCCACAGACAGCCGCUAUCUUCGCGCGGUGGGGGUCCCAGCUCUGGGCUUCUCACCCAUGAACCACACACCCGUGCUGCUCCACGACCACGAUGAACGGCUGCACGAGGCCAUGUUCCUCCGCGGGAUCGACAUAUACACUCGGCUGCUGCCUGCCCUGGCCAGCGUGCCCACCCUGCCCAGCGAAAGCUGAGCCCCGCGCUCUCCAACCUCCACCCCAAUCAGUGCCAAGGACCUUUCUUCCCCCCUGCCCAACAAUAAAGUCUGUGUGGACAGGG